AUGGCUGCACCAUCCCUUGAGAGAAACCAAAACGGUAGCGUCCGAUUUAAUGGAAGUUCGAGUAUCCGUGACUUCGAACUUUUGGGAAAGCUUGGAGAAGGUACUUUUGGUGAGGUCUACAAGGCAAGAUCCAAAAGGGAGGCUUCUGUUGUUGCCCUGAAAAAGAUCCUUAUGCAUAAUGAAAAGGAUGGUUUUCCAAUAACGGCGCUGCGUGAAAUCAAAUUGCUCAAAAUGCUCUCACAUCCCAAUAUUCUCCAGCUCAGAGAGAUGGCUGUAGAGCGAAGCAAAGGAGAAGGACGAAAGAAGCCAAGCAUGUAUAUGGUCACUCCGUAUAUGGAGCAUGAUCUCUCGGGACUUCUGGAAAACCCAGCCGUGCAUUUUACCGAGCCACAAGUCAAAUGUUAUAUGCUACAGCUCCUCGAAGGGCUUAAAUAUCUACAUGAGAGUCGUAUCUUGCAUCGUGAUAUGAAAGCUGCAAACUUACUUAUUAGUAACAGAGGUAUCCUUCAAAUUGCUGAUUUUGGGCUUGCACGUCCAUAUGAUGAACUACCGCCUCAGUCUGGUAAGGGUGGUGGAGAGGCAAGAAGAGACUAUACAACUCUCGUCGUCACUAGGUGGUAUCGUCCUCCAGAGCUUCUCCUCCAACUUCGCCGUUACACAACUGCUAUUGAUAUGUGGGGUGCUGGGUGCGUCUUUGGUGAAAUGUUUAGGGGGAAACCCAUUCUUGCUGGAAAUAGUGAUCUUAACCAAGCACAACUUAUAUUCAACCUGGUGGGCACACCUUCUGAGGAGAAUAUGCCCGGAUGGAGUUCACUUCCAGGUUGUGAAGGUGUCAAGAGUUUCGGAUUCAAAUCAGGAAAUUUGCAUCAAGUGUUUAAAGAUCUAAGCCCUACUGCCUUAUCACUGCUCAGUGAGCUACUCAAACUGGAUUGGCGAAAAAGGAUAAGUGCCAUUGACGCACUGAAACAUCCUUACUUCUUCAGCGACCCGCUUCCAGCACGUCCUGGCGAGCUGCCGUGUUUUGAAGACUCUCACGAAUUUGAUAGGAAAAAAAAUCGUGGGCAACGAGCGGUAAUGCCUCCCGCUCCGCCAGGGGGGUCCAUUGGUAUGGCUCCAAGUGGAGGGUGGACAAACUCCGGAGCUAGAACAGGCAUGGAAAGCAGAAAUAGCCGUAUCCCUGGUGCUGCACGCGCUAGCAAGUCGAAUCCAACCGGAAGCCAUGACAACCAUUUUCGGCGCACAAAUGAUAAUAGAGGCAACGAGGUUCAUUUGGCACGAGCGAGGCAAGGUACUGAGAGCAUAAAUCAACCCUUCCAAAUACCGCAGAGAGACGGCGGUUUACCGCCCAAACCACCAUUACCCACCCACCAAACAUGGGUCGGGAAUCAAUUCAACAGAACCGGAAAGGAUAGAAUGCAUCAGAAUCGAUUCGGUGGUCGACCGGAGACAAGUGUGGACUCUUAUGUCCCCAGCUAUAGUGGCAUAGGUGAUCGGGUACGGAAAAAGGAUGGCGAUAGUUCGAGCCCUAGUACUGAUUAUCGCCAUUCCAGAUCCGAACAAGCAAACAGGAGAGAUAGAGAUAAUUACCGGGAUUACAAUUCAAGGAGACGAAGCCGAAGUCCUGCCUCGAGGAAAGGGGACAGAGCCAUAGAUAGAGGGCUGUACCGUCGGUAUUAG